AUGGUCACAGUAGUUCCCCAACUAACCUUGUAUGGAGAGUCGGAGCUCGCCUGGCUGCUCCCUCCAUCCCACCCCCGGACCCUCCGGGCCGCCUUCCUCCCUGUCAUGUUAGGGCGGCAAGUGACAUCAGUAGCCCAGGUAGCCCUUCAGAACCAGCGCACCUCAGACCUUCUGACUGCAGAAAAAGGAGGAACCAGCAUAUUCCUUCAGGAAGAAUGCUGCUACUACAUCAACGAGUCCGGAGUAGUGGAGCAAAACGUACAGACCCUGACUAAGCUGAGUGAAGAACUACAUGCAAGACACUUCCAGGACAACUCUCCUUUCGCCCCCUGCCUCCUCAAGUUCAUCUGCUCCCGGAUCACGGAGAUGUCAUGGACCUCUCACUUGCUUCUCUCCCCAGCUCAGACCUGCAUUAUAGUCUUCAUAGGCCUCCUGUUCACCAGAUUCUGGUUCAUAAGUGUCCUGUAUGCAACUUGGUGGUACCUGGACCGAGACAAGCCAUGGAAGGGAGGCAGGCGCGUUGAGGUCCUAAGACGCAGCGUCGUAUGGAAGUACAUGAAGGACUAUUUCCCCAUCUCGCUGGUCAAGACUGCUGAGCUGGACCCCUCCCGGAACUACCUUGCGGCCAUCCACCCCCACGGGGUCCUGGCCGCCGGGGUCUUUGUCAACAUGUGCACCGAGAGCACUGGCUUCUCCGAGCUCUUCCCCGGCAUCCGCCCCCACCUGAUGAUGCUGAACCUGUGGUUCCGGGCCCCCUUCUUCCGGGAUUACCUCAUGUGUGGGGGACUGGUGACAUCGGACAAGGAGUGCGCUGCUCACAUUCUGAACAGGAAGGGCGGGGGCAACCUGCUGGGCAUCAUUAUCGGGGGUGCCCAGGAGGCCCUGAACGCCAGGCCCGGGGCCUACAAGCUGCUGCUGCGGAACCGCAAGGGCUUCGUCAGGCUGGCCCUGAUGCACGGGGUGCCUCUGGUGCCCGUCUUCUCCUUUGGGGAGAACGAACUCUUUGACCAAGUUGAGAACUUGCCUGGCUCCUGGUUGCGCUGGAUCCAGAACCGGCUGCAGAAGAUCAUGGGUAUUUCCCUCCCGCUCUUCCACGGCCGUGGCAUCUUCCAGUACAGCUUCGGCCUGUUACCCUACCGCCGGCCCAUCACCACCGUGGUGGGGAAGCCCAUCGAGGUGCAGCAGAGACCACACCCCUCGCAGGAGGAGGUGGACCAACUGCACCAGCGCUACAUCGACGAGCUGUGCAGCCUCUUUGAAGCCCACAAGCUCAAGUACAACGUCCCCGCGGACCAGCACUUGGAGUUCUGCUGA